CACGGUGACACUUGUCAACACAGACUUCUCCGCGCGCAGACUCACUUCCAAUUCAACUGUCUGUCAAAAGAUCCUCGGGAGAAGUCGUCGGUUUGAAUACGUUUCUUGAAACCGUUCCAUUUGGCGGCUGGCACGAUGACUCAAAGGCAGAUCGUCCAAGUCUUUGAGCAGUACAACAAAUCGAGAAUGCAAUUUGUGCAAACGGUUGCUGAUCUGGCGGACCGGCCACAAAACAUCGAAAUCCUCCAAAGAGCAGGUGUCAUGUCGAUGCUGAGGCCCCUGAUGCUGGAUGUGGUUCCCGGCAUCCAGCAAAAGGCCGCCUUGGCCCUGGGCCGCCUGGCGGUCCACAACGCUGACCUGGCCGACAAUUUGGUGAAGGAGGACAUCCUGCCCCAGCUCAUCCGCUCGCUCACCAUACAGAACCGGUUGUAUAAGAAAGCGGCGGCGUUCGUGCUGCGCGCCGUGUCCAAGCACUCCCCGGAGCUCGCUCAGGCGGUGGUGGCCAGCGGAGGCGUGGACGCGCUGGUUCUCUGUCUCGAGGACUUCGACCCCGGUGUGAAGGAAGCUGCCGCCUUGGCUCUGGGUUUCAUCGCGCACCAUAACGACGCCUUGUCCCAGUCCAUUGUGGAUGCGGGUGCAGUCCCCAUGCUGGUGUUGUGCCUCUUGGAGCCCGAAAUCGCCCUGAAACGCACCGCGGCUUCGGUGCUCAGUGACAUCGCCAAACACACGCCAGAAUUGGCCCAAAUUGUGGUGGAAGCCGGCGCCAUUGCACAUCUGGCUCAGAUGAUCCUCAACCCGGACACCAAACUGAGGAGGCAGGUAUUCUCUGCUCUCGGUCAGAUCAGCAAACACUCGGUGUGCCUGGCGGAGAUGGUGAUCGAGGCCGACGUCUUCCCCGCAGCCAUAAUGUGCCUCCGGGAUCCGGACGAAUGCGUGAAAAAUAAUGUCACCAUUCUGAUGAGAGAGGUGGUCAAACACACGCCCGAGCUGUCCCAGGUAAUAGUCGAUUGUGGCGGCACGUCCGAAGUGAUCACCUACCUCGGCGAGUGCCGGGGAAGCCUGAGGUUGCCCGGGAUCAUGAUGUUGGGAUAUGUGGCAGCGCACAGUGAGAAGUUGGCCAUGGCUGUCAUUCUCUCCCAAGGUCUGCUCCAGCUGGCUCUGUGUCUAUCAGAGGAGACGCAGCAUCACAUCAAGGCCGUCACCGCUUGGUGCAUAGGCCAGAUAGGACAUCACACCCCCGUGCACGCCAAGGCUGUCGCCACUGCCAACCUGCUGCCCAAACUGCUCCAACUCUACAUGGACGCCAACAGCUCGGAGGACCUGCAGACCAAAAGUAAGAAGGCUCUGAAGAUGAUCCUACAGAAGUGUACCUUCCUACCUGCGCUGGAGUCCCUCCUCUACGAUGCGCCGAGCAACAUCAUCAAACACGUUGUCUGCCAGUUCAGCAAGGUAUUACCUCAUGACAGUCAGGCUCGCCGUCAGUUUGUGACCAGCGGAGGCUUAAAGAAAGUGCAAGAGAUCCAGGCGGAGCCGGGCUCCGUCCUUCAGGAACACAUCAAUUCGAUCAACAGCUGCUUCCCGGAGGAGAUAGUCAGGUACUACUCUCCGGGCUACUCAGAAGUGUUGUUGGAGCGCUUAGAGAACUUUAAGAUAUCUUGAGAGCAGCUGGCCACCCCCAUGACUCGUCCCUGCAACACGGCGCGCUUCAAAUAUGCCUCAAACAUUCACGAUGUCGCUGGAUGUUUGAUGAUUGAUAAUGAAACAGUGUAGACUAGGCCAUCAUAAAACACUAAGACUGCAUGCACACGAUUGAAACUUGUACCUUUAGGAGAAGGAUAAAUGCGAACUAACAUGAAAUAAAAGACUGCGUUAACAUCAA